AGUAAGCAAGAGAAUAAAUAAUAGGGCAGUUGGCAUUUGACGAAACACACUUGCGAAUCGGAAAUGGCAUUACAAUUGCGAAGCAGCGGCGUCGUCUUCCUGUCGCAAUGGUCGCCACAGCUCUCUUCUGACAGGAACAAUUAUAACAGCAAUAAGAACGGGAGGUUGGUAAUUGGGGCUGUGGGCAGGGGGAGAGAGCGAUUCAUCGGCCUUGUCCAUUGCAGCAACAAUAGCAGCAGCGAUGCUAAAAAGGGAGUCCCUAAUUCAAACUACGUAGUGCCUCUGGACAAGUCGUUUUCGCCUUCCAACUCCUCCUGCAUCACUCGCCCUCUGGUCGAAAUCCUGCGCGACCUCAACAAGCGUAUCCCUGAUAACAUCAUCAAGCCUCCAUCUAACUCUUCUUCUUCUUCUUCUUCUUCUUCCACCUUCCUCCCCUGGUACCAUGCCAAUCGCAUGUUGAGCUUCUAUGCUCCUGGAUGGUGUGGAGAAGUACGUGAUGUUAUAUUCGCUGACAAUGGAACCAUCACUGUUGUAUAUCGACUCACCAUUCGAGGGUCUGAUGGAGAGGCACAUCGCGAGUCUACUGGAACAGUAUCAUCCAGCGACAUUAACAUCGUAGACCCUGUUUCUGCAGCAGAAGAAAUAGCUUUCUGCAGGGCAUGUGCUCGAUUUGGUCUUGGCUUGUAUCUUUAUCAUGAAGAACAGAUGCCAUAGAGAGCAUGGAGAUUGACCUUCCAAAUGUGUCUACUUCUUACGUGUUUGAGAACUUGCUUGUACUUCCAUGUUGAUGUAGUAUGCUAUGUGGAAAACCUUAUCUUUCCAUCGAAUCAAAUUUUUAAUUGGCAAUUGGUGAGAGUUUACAGAGUAGCUUUUUGGCAAGUAUUGAGAAAAAUAUUUUCAAC